CUGGCUGCUCCUUAUCAGGCACUGCCUUCUGCCGUGGGGAAGCCAGCUGGAGGAAAAAGGAAGGAUGAAUGGACAGUCAUUGAUUGGUGGCACUGAUGACGCCCAUCACGGUCCCCUUUGGAUAGAUCCUUUUGGAAAUAAAGCCGGUGAGGCAGCGCCAGGAGGCUUCAGACGGCUAAGCUUGGCCCUGGCGCACAGGUGGCAAGAACAGGAGCCAGAGGAAGAGUUGGCCAUGGAAGACAGUCCCGCCAUGGUUAAAGUAGACCGGGGUGAAAAUGAGAUUUCAUCAUGUCGGGGGAGAAGGUGUGGCUUCCGAGUGUUUGGCUGUGUCACCGGUGAUAUGAAAGAGUUUGCCAACUGGCUUAAAGACAAGCCUGUGGUUCUGCAGUUCGUGGACUGGAUUCUUCGUGGCAUAUCCCAGGUGGUGUUCGUGAGCAACCCCAUCAGUGGAAUCCUGAUUCUGGUGGGACUUCUGGUCCAAAACCCAUGGUGGGCUCUCUGUGGCUCUGUAGGAACUGUGGUCUCCACUCUGACCGCCCUCUUGCUUAGCCAAGACAGGUCAGCGAUAGCUGCUGGGCUCCAGGGCUACAAUGCCACGCUGGUGGGAAUACUCAUGGCUGUCUUCUCAGACAAGGGCGACUAUUUCUGGUGGCUGAUAUUCCCUGUUUCAGCUAUGUCUAUGACUUGCCCGGUUUUCUCAAGUGCGUUGAGCUCCGUGCUCAGCAAGUGGGACCUGCCUGUCUUCACUCUCCCCUUCAACAUGGCACUGUCACUGUACCUCUCAGCCACAGGACAUUACAAUACAUUCUUUCCAAGUAAACUCUUCACACCUGUCACCUCCGUGCCCAAUAUCACGUGGUCUGAGCUCAGCUCCCUGGAGCUGUUGAAGUCCCUUCCUGUGGGAGUUGGUCAGAUAUAUGGCUGUGAUAACCCGUGGACGGGAGGCAUCUUCCUGUGUGCCAUCCUGCUCUCCUCCCCACUCAUGUGCCUGCACGCUGCUAUUGGAUCCUUGCUGGGUGUCAUCGCAGGACUCAGUCUUGCAGCUCCGUUUAAAGACAUCUACUUUGGCCUCUGGGGUUUCAACAGUUCUCUGGCCUGCAUUGCGAUUGGGGGCAUGUUCAUGGCGCUCACCUGGCAGACCCACCUCCUGGCUCUUGCUUGUGCCCUGUUCACUGCCUACUUCGGAGCCUGUAUGACACACAUCAUGGCUGUGGUCCAACUGCCAGCUUGUACUUGGUCUUUCUGUUUGGCCACGCUACUGUUUCUCUUGCUGACCACGAAAAACCCCAGUAUCUACAGGAUGCCCCUCAGCAAAGUCACCUACGCUGAAGAGAACCGCAUCUUCUACCUACAAAACAAGAAAAGGAUGGCCGAAAGCCCCCUCUAAGAGCAGCCUCACCGCACAGUCGUGGUCAUGGGUCGUUUCUAUGUGCAGCUCCAGUUGGCUUCCGGGUUCUCACCAACUGCUUUUCUUCAAAGGGAACAACUUUAAUGCUAUCAGUGACACAUUUUUUUGCAUGCUUUGUGGUUUUUGUUUGUUUGUUUGUUUGUUUUGACUGUGUACUGUCAAGCAUAUGAGAGCCAUGGCCAGGCAAUGAUCUCUAGAAUGGAAUUUAAAUUCCGCUGUGUGUUGGGGAGGAGCACUAAGAUUGUAAUAUAUUUAUAAAGUCAAAAUGUUCCAAGAGAAAGAAGAAACGGAAGCAGAAUAAUUGCUGUUAUUUAAAGCUACCUUUGAUGUCAGUAUUAAAAAUUAAGCUUUGUAAACCAGGUAAGCCUUACAGAAUUCACAGGCACCAAAACAGAGGAGCCCAGAGUUCUAGGAUAAAGAGUUUGCUUUCAGAAUCAGCAAGUUAUCAUAGCAACUGUGGCCAACAUUGCAGUUGGGGCAGGCUGACCUCAGGGCAGGUCCCCAGCUUACCAGUAGAGUGGUGGCAUUCUCUUAAUGAGGAUGGUUAGGUCUUUUCCAAGCGACAGAGCUGUGGGAAGGACUUCGCUGGUCAAAAUAGUUUUGUAUUGCCACUCAAGAAAUUUGCAAAAUUCAGGUAGAGUUUAUUUAUUCUUAUAAAAAAAGUAUUUUUUCACUGGUAUAAGUUUGCAGGUAGCCAGUUCCUAGACAUUAAAUUUAAAUGUAUAUGUGUAAAACACUUAGCAUAGUUGCUUUUGCUUUAAUUAUUGUAUUAUUUUUUACUUUUUAGUUUUGUGGGAGUACUUGACAUAGGGCCUUGCAAUGUAGCCCAGGCUAGCCUAGAGCUCAGCAUCUGUAUUUCCACUUCCUAAGUACUGGGACUAUAUAUUGGGUUUUUAAGUGCUUCAAAUAUAUGGCAACUUUAUUAACCUCAAGAGCCUUUUAAAUCCACAAUUGUAAUGAAUUGAGGAUAUCUUCUAAACUCUGGCAGUCAAAUCACAUUCACAGUCUUCAAGAGUUUUAAAUUUCUUUAAAAAAAAAAAAAGACAUUAUUUUCUGCACACAAUAUUCUGUCUAGGAAACUAGGAAUUGGGAACUGAAAGAAAUACCGUAGGGAAUACCCCAGGUUUUGUUUUUUGUUUUGUUUUGUUUUGUUGGGUUUCUUCGUUUUGUUUUGUUAUUUAAAAGUUGUGGUUUCUCUAAAAAUUUGAUGCCCAAAAAUGCUGAAGAGGGCAGCAGAAGGCUGUGCUCACUGCCUGCCACCCGUCCAGUGAAAUUUAAUUAUUUGGAGGUUGGAAAGUGAACAUUUUAAAUCUUAAUUUUUUUUUUUCCUGUUGAGUAUGUUGUUCACUUGGGAGACUGAGGCAGGAGGACAGCUUUAAGAGCAGCCUGGGCUACACUCAAUGGCCCUAUCUCAGAACAAAAGAACAAACAAAAGAAACGAUUUCCCCUCUGUUGAUAGUCAGUGUUAACCAGGAGCUCCAGGGCUGGGGAGGCAGAGGCAGGAGGAUCUCUGAGUUUGAGGCCAGACUCGUCUACAGAGUGAGUUCCAGGACAGCCAGGACCACAUAGAGAAACCCUGUCUGGAAAACCAAAAGCAGAAGAUAGUCAGUGCUGAGAAGACAAUACCAGCUUGCUAAAGUCGGGCAAGAGGGAAGUCUAUGCAAACACCUUAGGCAGCCAGCCACGCUCCCUCUUCUCAGGAAAACAAAAUGAGAAUUAUGACCAUUUUAAAUCUUGUGACUGAAGCUCUUCGAAGCCAUGGAUUUGUAACUACCAUGGAUUCCUGAGUUGUCCUAUAAAAACUCUGAAUUUUCAGUGUUUGCACUUAAAUUUUUCUGUUUGGAAUUUGUGAAAUAAGUACUGGGGGCAGCAAGAAGUGUGCAAAGACCGCCCCCUCCCCAGAGGUGAAGAAGCUGGACCCUAGCAGAGCAGACCCUAGCAGAGCAUCUACAGGGUAGCUCAGCCCACUCCAGUAGCAGCGCUGAGCUCACCUAAGGCAGCCUCGUCUCUGAUCUGCAAAUGGGAACAAGCUAAAACCUUCUGUAUCAUCUUACUUAUAUAAUAUCAAUGUCUUCAAGGUAUUUUUGUUACUAAGUAUUAUCCUCAAGUUAAGUGAAAACUCUUGGGGUUCAUUUGUACAGUUUUGUUUUGUUUUGUUGCUAUUUUCUGUGUAACAGGUUCCUGUGUAAACAUAUGAAUAAAUUAUAUU